CGCGGGCCGAGCUGCGCGUGGUGGCGAUGUCGGCCAGCGGGGCGGUGGAGCCCGGGCCCCCGGGGGUCGCUGCCGCCCCCCCGCCCGGCCCGGCCCGGCCGCCCGGCCCGGCCCGCCUGUUCCGGCCCAUCAGCGCCGAGGACGAGGAGCAGCAGCCCACCGAGAUCGAGUCGCUGUGCAUGAACUGUUACCGCAACGGCACGACGCGCCUCCUGCUCACCAAGAUCCCCUUCUUCCGGGAAGUGAUCGUCAGCUCCUUCUCCUGCGAGCACUGCGGCUGGAACAACACGGAGAUCCAGUCGGCGGGCAGGAUCCAGGACCAGGGCGUGCGCUACGCGCUGACCGUCCGCGCCCCGGAGGACAUGAACAGAGAAGUCGUGAAGACUGACUCUGCCACCACAAGGAUCCCAGAGUUAGAUUUUGAAAUUCCUGCCUUCAGCCAGAAGGGAGCGUUGACCACUGUUGAGGGAUUGAUCAGCCGCGCUAUCUCUGGCCUGGAGCAGGAUCAGCCCACACGAAGGGCAAAGGAAGAAGCCGUAGCUGAAAGAAUUGAUGAGUUCAUUGUCAGACUGAAAGAGCUAAAGCGUGUGGCCUCUCCUUUCACCCUGAUCAUUGAUGACCCCUCAGGAAAUAGCUUUGUGGAAAACCCACACGCUCCCCAGAAAGAUGAUGCCCUAGUGAUCACACAUUAUAACCGGACUGUGCAGCAGGAGGAGAUGCUGGGGCUCCAGGCAGAGGCACAGGAAGAGAAGCCGGAAGAGGAAGAUCUCAGAAAUGAAGUGCUGCAGUUCAACACAAACUGCCCAGAAUGCAACGCUCCGGCUCAGACCAACAUGAAGCUAGUUCAAAUUCCCCACUUUAAGGAGGUUAUCAUCAUGGCUACCAACUGCGAGUACUGUGGACAUCGGACCAAUGAGGUGAAGUCGGGAGGAGCGGUGGAGCCCUGGGGCACCCGGAUCAGUCUGCACAUCACAGGCCCCGCAGACAUGACCAGAGACCUGCUCAAGUCUGAGACGUGUAGUGUGGAAAUCCCCGAACUGGAAUUUGAGCUGGGAAUGGCUGUCCUCGGGGGCAAGUUCACCACGCUGGAGGGGCUGCUGAAAGACAUCCGGGACCUGGUGACCAAGAACCCUUUCACACUGGGUGACAGUUCCAAUCCUGGCCAGAUGGACAAACUGCAGGAGUUCAGCCAGAAGUUGGACCAGAUCAUUGAGGGUAAAAUGAAGGUCCACUUUAUUCUGAACGAUCCAGCAGGAAACAGCUACUUGCAGAAUGUGUACGCACCUGAAGAAGAUCCUGAGAUGAAGGUGGAAAAGUAUAAGCGCACAUUUGACCAAAAUGAGGAGCUGGGGCUCAAUGACAUGAGGACGGAGGGCUAUGAGACAGGCCUGGCCCCACAGCGGUAGCAGUGGAUGGUCUCCUGGCCCGCCUGCACUGCUCAGGUCGCAGGGCUAUUUAUUACUUUGGAAAAGGCUAGGAGCGUCCUCCCCACUAGGCCUUGCCCAUGUGGGAGGGCACCUGGUCCGAAUCAGAGACCUUGGCACACUUUCACACAGUUUGCGAUGGAAGUGCAAGGCUGCUGGGUCAUUUGACCUUGUUCUGGAGGUGUGAGUCAGCUGGGAAGAGACCUGGACGUGAGCCGUGAGGGAUGUCACUACCACCCUUCAGCAAGUCUUGACCGUCCGUACAGUGCUCUCCUCGAGGGUUGAAGCUCUGCAGGUGAGGACAUGGAAGACAGCUGCGGUGGAGCUCAGGUGUUGACUCGGGGCGUAUGAAAUGCUUGCAGCGCAGAGGGAGGCCUCUGAGGAGGGGUCCAGCACAGGUGAAGUUCUCAUUAAAGUGGUGGCUUUCAAAUAGCACUGGCCUCUGAGUGCAGUCCUUUGGUAUGCUGGUGGAGUCCAGCCUCCCGAAGAACCUUCUGCAGUGUAUCCACUGAUUUGGAGACGAGCUGGCAUUUCGUUCACUCCUUCACAGGAGUGUGAGUGCGUCCUCUGUGCCAGGCACACCGCUGAGCAGGCAGCCAAACGCGCUGCUCUCCUGAGGCUUCAACUCUGUUGGGGAAAACUGACGCCCGGGGCGGUAGAGGACGGACAGUAAACCAGUAAGGAAAACAGCGUGUGAGGUGGUGAUGAG